AUAUAUAUUACAUACUAUUAAUUAGAUAUUACAGCUUAUGAUACGAUAAAUAUAUAAGAAACGUGCACUCCAAGCCAUAACGCACACUCAGUGUGUGAAACAGAGCCAGCCCACGAAUCCUGUUUUUUCGCUUACGAGAAUUUCUUGAUCAAACGCCUUGUUCGAGUACUCUCUUAAACCCACUUCACAUACUCAUAUACAUAUUUAUAUUUUAUAGAGUGGUUUGGUUUGGAGUUUGAUGGGCUUUUGUUGGGGAGGAAGAAGAGGAUGAGGAAGUCUUUUAAGGAUUCACUUAAAGCUCUUGAAGCUGAUAUUCAACAUGCUAAUACUCUGGCUUCUGAGUAUCCCGAGGACUAUGAUGGAGCAUGCUUGCAGAUGAGAUUGUCUUACAGCUCUCGUGCUCAUUUUUUUCUCUUUCUUGUUCAAUGGACCGACUGUCAUCUUGCUGGUGCCCUCGGAUUGCUCAGGAUAUUAAUUUAUAAGGCAUAUGAGGGUGGCAAGACAUCAAUGUAUGUUCAUGAGCGAAAAGCUAGUAUUAAAGAGUUUUAUGGUGUGAUCUUCCCCUCGCUGCUGCAACUUCAAAGCGGAAUCAGUGAUAUUGAAGAUACGAAACAGAAAGAGCUUUGUGCAACAAAGUUUAGAAGAAGGGAGGAGAUGAAUGGAGAUAAGCUGAGUGAAAUUGAAAUAGAGAGAGAGGAGGAAUGUGGCAUUUGCAUGGAGAUGAACAGCAAGAUUGUUUUACCCAGUUGCAAUCACAACUUGUGCAUGAAGUGCUAUAGAGAGUGGCAUUCCCGCUCCAAGUCAUGCCCAUUCUGUCGGGACAGUCUGAAGAGAGUAAACUCCAGCGACCUUUGGAUCUACACUAGCGCUGAUGACAUUCUGGACUUAACUAUAAUAGCAAGGGAAAGUUUAAGGAGACUUAUCAUUUACAUCAAGAAGUUGCCUAUGGUCAUUGCAGAUCUGGCUACAGUUUCAUAUAAUUCUCAUUUCUGAUUGUGGUUCCCCAGCUGGUAACAAAUAUUCUGUACAUAAAACUUCAUUGCCUCUACCACAUUAAUUUGUUUGUUUGGAUACAUUAGGAUCUAUAUAGUAGCUAGAGAUAGUCUAAAGAUUUUUAGGUGAUGUGCAGAUUCAUUUUAUGACUGUAGGUUUAAGUAAAUACAAAGCAUUCAAUUCCUUAUUCAUUUCGAAAUGCUGGUUCAGUAAUUUGUAAAUUAAUGGCAAGUAUUUAUCAUUAUC